AUGAAGCGCUAUGAUGACGAAAGCGUAGAUGACAUAGCUGAGGUGCAAAAGGAAAAGCGCAGCCGCAGGACCAAGGAAGCCCGGCUGAGUUUGGAUCGAAAAAGGCGAGAUCAUGAACGGCUGGAACGCUCUCUGAACGAUUGUGUUCGAUGUUUGGAAAGUCGAGAACUGGCAAAGCACGCAGUCGUAGCCAUUGGUAUUCAUACGUACCUCGCUGUGGCAGAGUGGGACGGUUUGGACGAACAGCAUUGCCUCAUCAUACCUACAGAGCAUGUUUGUUCUAGUAUACAGCUGGACGAGAACGUUUGGGACGAGAUGCGAUUAUGGAGGAAAGGCCUUACAGCUAUGUGGAGAGCCAACGAGCAGGACUGCUUGUUUGUGGAGAUGUCUCGAAAUGUUGCAGCCAAUCCUCACGUCAUAAUUGAAGCUAUUCCCGUGCCUGUUGAAAUCGGCAGCGUUGCUCCGAUCUACUUCAAGAAGGCAAUCAUGGAAUGUGAAGAAGAGUACGCGGAUAACAAGAAAUUAAUUGAAAUUAAAGAUCUGCGACGACAAAUUCCAAAGGGCUUCAGCUACUGUGCGGUUGAUUUCGGUCUAAGUAGUGGCUAUGCUCACGUCAUAGAGAACAACGAAACUUUUCCCUCUUCGUUCGCUCACGAAAUUAUUGCUGGAAUGCUGGAUCUGCCAAGCUCCAGGUGGCGAAAUCGCAAGCAGCAAGAUUUUGCAGCAUUGAAGAGCAAAUGUGAUGCAAUGAAAACAUCAUGGGAACCUUACGACUGGACGAAAAGGAUAGACAGAAACAAAAGCUAA